AUGCGGUGCGGUGUGGUGCUGUGUGUCCUGCUGCUGAUCUUGUCCAGGGGAGGUCAGGGUUGACGAAGAAGCAGACAGAAAGUAGACAAUCUAGUAGUUCAAAAUGAAGCAAAAGCUCUGGUUUGUCCAGUGGAGGUGGCCUUCCUGGUAGACAGCUCAGAGAACGCUAAGGGUCUUAAGUUUGAGAAGCAGCGUGAUUUUGUUCAGCGUUUCAGCACCAGGCUCUCUCCGCUACACGUUCCCGGCUGGCGUGUACGUCUGCGUCUGGCCGCCUUGCAGUACAGCAGCACCGUCUCGGUGGAACACAACUUCCGUAACUGGCAAGAUGUUGACGUCUUCCAAAGCCAGAUAUCAUCUAUGCCACACAUCGGUCACGGCACAUAUUUGGCCUACGCCAUCUCGAACGCCACGCAGCUCUUUACUCGGGAGACGGCGGACAGCAGCGUGCGUAUCGCCUUGUUGAUGACAGAUGGAGUGGAUCACCCUCGCAGCCCGAGUGCCACCGCUGCUGCUACAGAUGCCAAGAACAACAACAUACGAGUGUUCGUUAUUGGCCUGGCACAAGACAGGCAGGAUGAUACCAGGCUGAGGUCCAUCGCCAGCGGUCCAUCACAGCAACAUCUUUUCAGCCUUGAUGAUGCUCAGCUGGACGAGAGACUCUUCAGAGAGUUGGUUAGUGAACAAUGUCCGCAGCCCAAUUCCUGUCUGUGUGAUAAAGGAGAGAGGGGUCCUCCAGGAAAACCGGGUCUACCUGGGAUUCCAGGACAACCUGGCCUUCAGGGACUCAAAGGAUUCAGAGGGGAACCCGGCUUGAACGGACGACCAGGACUAGAAGGCCGUGAGGGAAGACCAGGAGUGAGAGGAGGAAAGGGUGAGAGAGGAGAGUGUGGUGCAACGGGACUAAAAGGAAACCAAGGUACAGAUGGACCACCAGGACCUCGUGGACCUCCAGGAGAGCAGGGUCCUGUUGGUGGUCCUGGAGAUCACGGUCCAGCUGGUUCUGCUGGGCCUAAAGGUGAGCGAGGACCUACAGGAGCAUCUGGUCCUCCAGGAGACCCAGGGAUUGGACAUCCUGGUCCAAAGGGAGACAAGGGGAACCAGGGCAGGCCAGGCCCUACUGGACCUGUUGCGAUAGGAGAUCCAGGACCUCCAGGAUCACCAGGCCCACCAGGACUGCGAGGCAACCCGGGUUCUCCAGGAGAGGGUUUACCAGGGCCUCAGGGGGACAGAGGUUUGGCGGGACGAAAAGGUGCAAUCGGCUCACCAGGGUUAGGAAUCAAGGGAGAAAAGGGGAAUACUGGAGCUGCAGGACCACCAGGCCUGACUGGACUUCCUGGAGCUGGGAUUCAGGGAGAAAAGGGUAACCAAGGACCAGUUGGACCACCGGGCCCUAGAGGAGCUCCUGGUGUGGGCACUGCAGGCCCAAAGGGGGAUCAGGGUUUCCCAGGUGAACACGGACGUCAAGGAGAAAGAGGCUUCGGAGAACCUGGACCAAAGGGGGAGCCAGGAUCUGAUGGUGCACCAGGGAUUCCUGGCAUCCCAGGAGAAGAUGGUGCUAUAGGACCUAAGGGUGAGAUGGGUUUUCCAGGUCUGCAAGGUCUUGGAGGUGCCCCAGGAAAGGGGAUUCCAGGAGAAAAGGGCGAUCAAGGUGAUCGAGGUAACCGUGGUCUUCCAGGACCUCUAGGACCUGCAGGACCAUCUGGAGCAAAGGGAGAACCUGGUAGUCCUGGGCAGUUGGGGAUGCCAGGGCCUGCGGGGUUUGGAUACUCUGGGCCGAAGGGUGAACCUGGGCCUGUGGGUCCUCAGGGCAUAGCCGGAGAUCCAGGAGUUGGUCUUGUAGGGCCAAAGGGCGACAGAGGACCACCUGGGCUGGUGGGACCACAAGGGUCACCUGGAGAAGGUUACCCUGGGCCUCAGGGACUGCCUGGUUUGCCUGGGGUAUCAGGAGACAUGGGACCAGAAGGACAAGGAUUACCAGGACCUAAAGGGGACAGAGGGACACCUGGGGUUCCUGGGUCAGCUGGGCCAUUUGGGGAAGGACUUCCAGGACCAAAGGGUGCGAUUGGUCAACCAGGCCCUCCUGGUCCUCCAGGUCCACCUGGCGAGGGCAUUCAGGGCCCAAAAGGAGAGCCAGGCUUCCAGGGACGACUAGGCCCCAGAGGACUCAUGGGAGAAGGUCUUCCAGGAGAGAAGGGGGACAGGGGUCUGCCUGGUGAGCGUGGAAGAAAAGGAGAUGGUGGAGAUUUCGGAGCACCAGGGCAAACGGGAGCAGCGGGAAAUCCUGGUGAGAAAGGAGAUCCUGGCCUCUCAAGAGAAGAAGUGAUCAAAAUAAUCAGGGGACUCUGUGGUUGUGGUCUAAGGUGCAGCGAGAGUCCCCUGGAGCUUGUCUUCAUAAUCGACAGCUCUGAGAGCGUCGGCCCCGAGAACUUUGACCUCAGUAAGGACUUUGUGAACGCUCUGAUAGACCGUGUGGCUGUGAGCCAUGAUGCCACGCGGGUUGGGAUUGUGUUGUACAGUCAUGUCGAGGUGGUGGUGGUCAGCCUCCAGCAGCUGAUCGACAGCACCAGCAUCAAAGCGGCUGUACGUAAGAUGACCUACCUGGGGGAGGGAACUUUUACAGGAAGUGCCAUCCGCAGUGCAACACGGUUGUUCCAGGCCUCACGGCUGGGUGUGAGGAAGGUGGCUGUGCUGCUGACGGAUGGACAAGCGGACAGACGAGACGCGGUGCGGCUGGAGGACGCCGCGGAAGAAGCACAUGCUGCUGGCAUAGAGAUGUUUGUAAUUGGUGUAGUGAAUCGUAGUCAUUCAGGUUACAGCCAGUUUCAGAGAGAGAUCAACUCCAUCGCUUCGGAGCCAGACGAGGAGCACGUCUACCUUAUACGGGAUUUCAUGGACUUGCCCAACUUGGAGAUGGAUAUACUAAGUCGGAUCUGUGAGCUGGAUGAAGGCUCGGUGCUCCCAACCGAUGACCAGCCUGAAGAUUCUAUGAGGUUUAUCACUCCCUCUCCAGAAACAGUUGAAAUUGAUGACAGGAAGACACCAAUGCCUGAAGAGCCAUGGACUGUCACUCCUGCUGGGAUUGCGACAAGAACCCUGCCUCCCACAAAUGUCCUGUUUGACCCUGAGAUCAGCUCUACUUCAAGGAUCCAACUUCCAUUCCAGUCUGGAGCAGCUCCAGACUGUACAGAGCGUCUCAACCCUGGGCCGUGCCGAAGCUACGACAUAAAGUGGUACUACGAUUCCUUGGCCAACGCCUGCGCACAGUUCUGGUACGGAGGUUGCCAAGGCAACAGCAACCGCUUCGAUACGCACCAGAGCUGCGUGGAUGCUUGUGUGAAGACGUGAUCCAGCUCAGAAUCUUCAUCGCUUUUAAAAGACUAACUGGAAAAAGCUUAGAAUGUGGUUCAACUGUCAGGGAAAGAUGUGUAAAUACAACCGAACAAAUUGUUCAUACAUUUAUUUUAGGUAAUGUGAAAAAUACAGUACAGUGUGUGUUUGUGUGUAUUAAAAGUGUUAAAUAUGUUUAUUCAUAUGGAAUCAAACACAACAAGGGGUUGUGCUGUUAUUGGAAAAUAACCAACAGUGUGGUAGUGUAUUGUGGCUCGACGCUAAGUGGAGUUUUAUUCCCUUUUAACUAUAACUUUACUUUUAUUUAUCAAAAGCAUCAUACAUUUUAUUCAUUUAUAGUGUGCGGGUUCUCUCACCAGACGUUUUUUUUUUUUUUUUUCUCUCAAAAUGUACAUCUGGUUGAAGAAAAUCAGACUCUCUAACAUCAAUAUGACAUUUAAUAAUUAAAUUAUUCAAUUUUAACAUUGCUACCUUACAGUGCUCUAACACAAAAGUGCAAAUCAUAACUCAUAAUUUCUUAUGUGUUUUAUUUAAGCGAUGCAGUCGUAGUCUCACCGGGUAAA